UCUCUCAAACUAAGAUCAUGGUUAUCAAAGCUGCAACUUUUGCAUCAGAGCCCUAUAAAAAGCAAGAACCCUGCGACCGCCUAUCAGUGAAACCAUAAGAAAAACUCCCGCAGCGUGCAGGCAAACUAUCAGCCUUUUAAAGAUGACUCUAGUGUGGACGUGAAGCAAGAGCAGCACUAAAGACUGAUGCAUCGAUGUUCUCACACAACUUCUGGGAUGCUUUAUAUCGUGCAACUGUUGUGUUCGAAGCUUAUUUUUAUUUUUCUGAUAGACCGAAGUUUGAGAAUUAAAGAAGCAAAAAGAAAUCUUUGAUUGUCACAGAACAAAAACACCAACGAGGUGUUGACGGCACCUGAUGAUAGAGCUGACAGAAAUCAUGAAGCGAAGAAAAUAUUGCUUUAUUUUCAAAAUAUGAAAACGUCUUCAGGGAUGGAGCGCAGCGGUCAUUUCAAUUUCAAGCCAACACCUGCCCAAUUCGAGGUUUUAAACAGCUCGACCGGGACAAAUGUGACUUUAACACCCAAAACGGACGAAAACCAAGAAAGUUUCGCUUUCCAAGUCACCUUGGCAUCAGUUCUCGGUCUCAUCACAAUUGCAACGAUAUUAAGCAAUGCAUUUGUCAUCGCCACCAUUUCCCAGUCCAGAAAGCUCCAGACCCCGGCGAACUUCUUGAUCGCGUCCCUGGCCGUCACGGACCUUCUUGUGUCGGUGCUCGUGAUGCCCAUUUGCGUGCUGUACACGGUCACUCGCGAGUGGACGCUCGGGCAGGUUAUCUGUGACAUCUGGCUGUCCUCAGAUAUAACCUGUUGCACCGCGUCCAUACUUCACCUCUGCGUAAUCGCCUUGGAUCGAUACUGGGCAAUAACCGACGCGGUCGAGUACUCCAAGAAACGCACCCAAGCGCGCGCCGCGGGGAUGGUGGCCACCGCCUGGGUCAUCGCCAUCUCCAUCUCCCUGCCGCCUUUCUUCUGGAGACAGGUGAAGGCAGGGGAGCUGACCACCUGCUCGGUCAACACGGACCACAUCUUCUACACUAUCUACUCCACUUUCGGAGCUUUCUACAUCCCUACGCUGUUGCUCAUCGCCCUGUACGGGCGGAUUUACGUGGAGGCGAGGAAGCGCAUUUUGAAGCAGUCUCCCAAAAAAGCGGGAAAAAGACUGACUUCGGCACAUCUCAGCACUAAUUCACCCGCUUCGGUGGCUUCGACCUCUCCUUUGCAUUGUGGAAGGCAUGACCUCUGCUCGGACACUGGGUCUCUUGGCAGUGACAAUCAAAUUAGAGUAACGGUGUCCGAUUCACUAUUGGAGAAAAAGAGAAUAUCGGCUGCGCGCGAGAGGAAAGCCACCAAAACCCUGGGCGUUAUUUUAGGAGCUUACAUUGUGUGCUGGUUGCCGUUUUUCAUUUACACAUUGCUGGUUCCCCUCUGUCCAUCCUGUUUUUCCGCAGAACUCUUUGACUUUUUCACAUGGCUUGGUUACGUCAAUUCACUGAUCAAUCCAAUAAUAUACACCAUGUCGAAUGAUGACUUUAAAAAAGCUUUUCACAAACUCAUAAGCUUUAGAUGUUGCAGACGAUAGUAAAAUAAAUAAGCAUAGAGGAUAAUGGUCAGUCAGUCGGUCCUUAACGCAAGUGUUCUCACGGCACUGUGUCUGCUGCUAAACGUUAUAAAGGGAUGGUUCAACCAAAAAAAAAAGAAAAAAUAUGUCAUCAUUCAAAUAACCCUUAUGUUGUUCCAACCAUGUGCGAGUUUCUUUCUUCUGUUGAACACAAAAUAAGAUAUUUUGAAGAAUGUCAUUAACAGUUGACGGUAGGUAGCCAUGACAUCCAGGUAGGAAAAAAAAACUAUGGAAUGGCGUCAACUGUUUGAUUACCAACAUUUUUCAAAAUUUAUUUUUUGUGUGUGUGUGUGUUCAACAGAAUAAAUAAACCCAUACAGGUUUGGAACAACAUAAGGGUUGAGUAAAUGACACAAGUUUCAUAUUUGGGGUUCUUUAACCGGCAGGGCAAUGAAAUAUAAGUCCCACAUCACUUCACCACAUUAUUAGUAUUUUUUUCAAAGAGCCAUACAGCAUAUAUAUUAAAAGAAGUAGACAACAAAUAACCGACCAAGCAUAUAAAUGACAGACAAUCCUGUUGACAAAAUGACAAAUUAUUUUGAUUUUUUUUUCUAAACUAAUUCAUCUAAUAGCUUCCAUGUUUGUAAUUAUGCUGUUGUUGCUUAUUAACACUGCAGCAGAGUAAUCACAUUCACACUCCCUCCCUCUCGCGGUCACACACACAACCUUACUUACACCAAUGACUGCUUAGAGUCAGCCCAGUACUAGUUCUACUACUUCAAAUAGUCACCCUAUUUUAAUUUAUAACAAUGGCAAGGGCUGUUUCCUCACAAGAUACAUGAAAAUAAUGAUAAUAAUAAUGUGUUUUAGGGAUGAAAACUUGGUUACACUUGGUAUAAGCGAAACAACUGACUCUUUGAGUCAGACUCUGGAUCUUUGAAUUAUCGGGAAUUCACGUCAUGACAUGUUAUGAUCAAUGACCGUCUGACUGCACAUUAUCAGUUGUUACACGACUACUUAAAAAAAUACAUAAAAAGGUAUUAAAUAAUUACUGAGUUGUUAUUUUAUCUGUCUACUUGUAAAGAUAGCAGAGAGACAAAACACAAGCACAGUUAUGUAAGAAACAGGAUUCAGUCAAUCAGACUGAAAUCAGAAUCAAGAAUCUCAGAGAGCCAUGUAAUCAUCUGUUAAGUGGGCCUCGUUUAAUAGGCGUAGGCUAAUAUUCCUUCAAACAGAAUGUACAAUGGCUUUGGAUUUCAUAACAAUGCUUUGAUGGCUUGUGGUCAACCAGUUGCUAAUUGAUAAUGCAAAAAUUGUGUAAAAAAAGCUUCAUUGUCUUUAUUCUUUAUCAAAUGUGUAAUUAAAUUGAUCUUAUGUGGUCACUGCCUGCUCCUAAACAUAAUAAAUAAGAUGGGAAAUCCAUUUUCUUGUGCUCACAUCCAGUAACUCUUUCUUCCUGUCUUAUGGUUAAUGAAACAGUGAGAAUAUGUGUUGCUUGACUAAUGAAAACGGGCAUAUUAAUGAUUCAUUUUUACACCUGUUCUUGCUAUAUCUUCCCUUGUCCGUGCUCCCAAAAAUGUGGGUGUUUUGGUCCUUCAUUUCCACUCAAUAAGCAUUCUGAGAUCAAACCAAGCAAGCAGUGGGAAUUUAUACUAAGGUCAAGUCUUCGCUGUACAAAUGGUGCAUUGGACAGAGUCUCUGACUGAGCGAGUCUCUUAAGAUAUAAAUUGAGACCCACUUCUAACCCAAAUUGAUUCACCUUCUGCUCAAUAUGCUCAUAAGUCAUAUUAUCUGUCACUUGACAGUGUGAGAGAUCACAGAGUAACUGAGAAUGACACGUCUACCGCAGGAGGUGAGUAAUACGUCAAAGACGGAUCAGAACAGAGCAGAGGAGGAGAUAUCGACUUAUUACGCUCAUAUGGAGGUGACAGGAAAGGAUCACUGCAAAGUCGCAGCAUUUCAUGAAAAGGCAUGUUUGAUAUUUCCCACAAUUCUGCUUUUUUCACACUAAGCCUGUGCUUCCUUCAACCCUGUUUUCAAUGUGAAGUCAUGGUGGGUAUUGAUUUAGUUAUCAUGUUUCAAAACCUCCAACAGCAGACAGUGAAAUUGGGGACAUAUUUAAGCAGGGGGGCGAUAGACUAAACGGACAUAUUUAAUAGCGCAGACCCUUGUAAUGCCUACGGAUUUGAUGUGAAGUGAGUUUUGAAGACCUAAUUUUGUACUAUUACAACUUGAAUGCUUAACACCAUACAAACACCCGCAAUAAGUGUAAGCUGUCCUGUCAGAGCCGUUUAACAGUGAAUCACAAAUCACCUCUCAGGAAGCAAUGGUGAUGGGAAAGCAAGCAACAUGAUGGCAUAAAUGUUUUUUUUUUAAACAUAUUGGUCUUUUUUGAGUAUGCUGAUUAAUAUGUCUUUUAUCAUAAGUAGCAUUAGUGUAAAAUGCUUUGGAGGCUCGGAGGAGCCGUUAAUUAUUUGUUUGCUGGUUUAAUUAAUUUGAAUUUAAUCUCUUGUCUUUGUCAUUCAUCUUUUCUUCGGAGCCAAUUAAAAGUCGUAGGUUUGAUACUAUGCAAAAUCAA